CUCUCUCGAGCUGUGUUGUUAGUUACACUUCCUGUGUGUGUGCUCGAGCUCAGAUGUACACAAACGCAGGACACAACAGCGACUUUAUGCCAUUUUAGUGAUUGUAAUGAGAAACUAUAAUGUUUUGAUUGAAUAUCUGGAUAAUAUAUUGAGGAGUUACAGGUGUCAGGAUGGCGGAGGAAGGCCGUGCCGUGAGCGUUUUCGGUUUGCCAGCCGACGUGGAUCAUGAACGGCUCCGGGACAAAUUACUGAUCCACUUCCUACGGCAGAGCAACGGGGGAGGAGAGGUCACGUCGGUCAGUCUCAUCGGCCGAACACCCCUGCGUGCCCUGGUCACGUUUGAGGAGAGCAGAGUGGUCCAAAGUGUACUUCGUCAUCAUCCCCACGUUUUACAUCUGGAAGGCAUAAAAUAUGAACUUUCCCUGAGCCUCCCUAACCAAGAGCCACUCAGUCUGAAUAAGGUAAUCCUCAGUAUGACUGUGACUGUAGAUUGCAGUCAGCUUCCUCAGGGAGCAGACACACUGAAUGCACUGCACGGUGAAUUCCCAGAUCUACGGAUGGAGCGUGGCUUUCUACGGCCCACAUGCACCUUGCAAGGCAGCUAUUCUGAUUUUCAAAGUGUAUUUCCUUAUUUGCAGACAUUAUUUUCUCAUCACAUUUCACAAGCCAAAUAUCAGAAUUUUAUUGGGGACAACGGUCAAGGUCAUAAGGCAAGGCAAGACCCUGCAGGUGCAAAGAAAUGGAACGGCUAUACAUUCCAAUCACCGGCCAUUCAUGCAGGAGACCUCAGCUUUAGGCCCAGAGAGGAUUUAGGUCAAGAAAACUACAGAAUGCAAGAUAACAACGAAGCUCCCACUGGACGCAGCACUCAGUCUAGAAGAGGUAAAAUCGAGGAGGGAGCAGAGUGUAGGACAGAUGAGGAUGAUUUGGAAGAUCUUUCGAUAAUCAUGGAUGCUGAUGUGUUUGCAUACCUGCAAAGCAUUAAAGAGUACAAGAGGAUACUGCAACAUCAUGGAGUACAAGUGGUUCAUGUUACUUCCGAGGGUGUCACCACUGUGUACCUGCAGUCAAGUGGGUCAGAGGUUAAACAGAACUUUAAGCAAGCCCAUAAGGAGCUAAGGCAGCUUUAUCAACAGCAAGAGGCUUAUCUAAGGAAAGACCAGGUAAAAAGGAGUGCUCUUUACAUGCCAGAUGGAUUAAACACAACGUUAAAACAGGUGCAGUUAUUACUGCCCAAUGUUCUCCUCAGCUUUGACCAGGACAGCAUUUAUAUAGUUGGAGAGAAAAGUGAGGUAUCUCAGGCCAAACAAAUGCUAUUGAUUGGGGUGGAAAAAGACCUGAUGAGUUUGACAGAAAUUCCACCAUCAUCUUCUAGUUUUCCAUCAGCAUCCCCUGAACCCUUGGAGAGAGAGCAACAGGUUAUGGGUGCCCCCCAAACAUUAGUGCCCCCCAAACUAAUUGGUUCCAGCACUGAACGAAAAGGGGAGAUCGGAAAUACAAAAGAAUACAAACUAGCUGCUCGGUUUAAGAGAGAGGAGAUGGGUGGAGACAUGAGGUGUCUUACUACUAAGAUGGACAUGUUAAAGUUAGCCCAAAGCUCUCAGUCAACAACACCACCCACACGGUCCUUGUUUGGCACCACAGGCGAACUCAGUAUCGAACUGCCCAGGGAAGGAACUGAAGCCUUCAGGAUGACAGAGCCAAGCUGUACAGGGCAGGAUAUCCUGUUUAAAAACCAAGACCCGCUAUCUCUGAAUACAUUUGGUGGAACCACCUUCAGCACAGCCAAGGCCAAACCAAGUACUUCCGUUGGACUCACUUCAACACAGGGAACAGCAGUCAUGGCUUCAGUGAGCACAAAUGUGAAUUCCCUAUCAGCAAGUAAUACAAACGUGAAGACAGCUGCUCCCUCAUUAACAUCCAAAUCUUCAUUAAGGAGGUCCAAUAGUUUCUCUGGUCAGCCAAGAGAGCAGGUGAAAAAUAACCAGGUUACAGCUGAGCCAAUGAUCAACACGCAUUCACAUAAAAGAGCAAGAUCCAAUAGCAUUAGUGGUGGAAGACCCAGUAAAGAUUGUCCAGUUACUGUAGUGGAAGCAGAACUUACUGUGUCUGGUCUAAUGUGGAGUUACAUAAAGGAUGCAUAUCGUUCCCAGCUGCAGGCUAUGGAAUGUGACUUGCAAAUGUCUGAGAAACGACCAGGCAAAAGUGAUGUAAGCGUUAUACUGAAGGGCACAGAUUCAUUAAAGGUUGAAGAAAGUCAUCGUGAGCUUCAGAAUCUAGUGGCUAUAGUGGCCAGCGACUUCGUCUUUCAGGAAUUAUGUUUGAAUGAGCUUGGUGUGGUUCAGAAAGAUGAACUGUUUUUGGCCUGCUGCUCAAGUGUGAGGAAACAUAUAUCUAAGGUUAUCUGGUACACCACAAAGAGACACCUUGUCUUGAUUGGUCCAAAAUUCCUCUGCUCUCAAGUCAGUGAUAUAUUUAAGGAUGUAUUUUCUGGGCAGAAGUCACAUUCCUCAUUCCUUCUGAAGUUGAAGAACUUGCAGAAGUGUGUAGAUCAAGGAGCAUCCAAGGCAUUUUUGAGCAUACAAUCAACAAGUGCUGAUCAUUCUAAAUCGGAUCAAAGCUUAAAGGAGUUUUCUUUUCAGGACACAAGUCAGGUGGUUCAGUCUAACAGCAGUCUCAAGAGUGAUGGUCAAUCGACCAAAAUGAAAUCAGCCACAUUGGAAAAGUUGGAGCACUCUAUAUCCACAGAGGAUGAAUUAAGCAAGGCAUACACAUUAAGCCAACUAGCUAAUGCCAAAGAAGACACACAAACUGAUAAGCCAACUUCUUUACCACUUGAAGCAAAGAAAAAACAAGAUACCUCAAAGAUUCUGAAACAGACUAACUUGCUGUCCAGUAUCCCUUCAGAGCAAUGUGUGUGUGGAGCAAUUGGUGCAAAUGUGAAGCGCACCUCCUGUGGUGUCAUCCUUUGCUCUGACUGCAAACUGCUGCAUUCACACUGUCGAGUGUGUGGAAAAGAGGAGGUUUACUCUCAGAAGAUGAUACAGGGGGAAAGUAUUGAGUCAAACAACACAGAGCAAGAUAAUCAGGCUCAAGAGCAGUAUUCAGUACAAGAGGACAUCAAGGAACAUAAGGGCAUCCAAGGCACGAUGACCUGUGUGGAGAUGCAUUUGAGUCUUUCAGGCUAUAAUAAAUACACAAUGGCCAAGAUCAAGUACAGCAUACCUGAUGGCAUACAAGGGGAUAAUGAUCCCCACCCUGGUUCACCAUUUGAGGGGGGUCAAUUUGUGGCUUAUUUGCCACUCAGUCCAAAGGGAAGAAGUUUAUUGCCCUCUUUGAAAAAGGCAUUUGAUCAAGGGCUAACUUUUGUUAUUUCAAGCAAGAAGGCCAAUGGUGGAGAUGCAAAAGUGAGCUGGGGCAAGAUCCCACACAAGACCAGCAUGGAGGGGGGCAGGGACAGGAAUGGAUAUCCAGACUCUACAUACCUUGUUCUGUUGUCUGAGGCACUGGUGGCACAUGGGAUUGAAGGAGCCCCCGGCAGUUAGUCAGGAUGAAGCCAAAAUCUGACCUUGCAAAUAACACAAAAUCAUUGAGACCACAAGACUACAGUAUAUUGUGUAUUAUUUUUUUGAUACAGUUCCUUACUACAAAUAUCAAAAUGUAAUCCAUGUAAAUGAAGUUUUCAAUAAUACUGAUUGAUUACUUAACCUUUUGGUUGCACCUUUUUUUAUUACCUGUUAUUUUUAUUAUUCAGUAUUUCUGCUUAACUGUUUUUGUACGGUAUAUAAUCAAUUUAGAAUGUAAAUUAAAUUGUUUUAGGAUCAUAUUUUAUUUCAGAAUCAGUGUUUUUUUUUCUAUAAUCUUUAUUGACGUAUAGAAUGAAUCAGUAAUGCUCAACAUAAUACUCUGUAUAUUCUGAAUCAGCUGAGUAUGCUUUUUUAAUAAAACAAUAAUCUUGC